GUCAGGCGCCCUGGGCGCAGCUUGAUGUUGUCGGUAACCCGGAGGCCGCUGGGUCAGGUCGGAUCUUUUGGGGCUGCUGCGGCUGGGAGAACCUCACGCCCCGCUCCCCGCUCCCUUUGUUGAAAACCAUGACUCAUCGAUCGGUACUAGAGUAGCUGGACGGCUUAAACGCCAGGCUGUUGUUCCAAACAGCCAGGUACUACGGGAUUAGAUUCAGUCUGCAGGGAGGAGACUGUUGGGAAUGGCGGAGCAGCCUCCGAGGAGAGGAGGUUGCUGUUUACUGCUGGAUGGAAUGCUUCCAAAGCCGUGAGGUCGGCUCAUCCAUUUCUUCUUUUAAUCAGGUGUCAUGUGAUUCUCCUCGGGAGCUGCCGUAUGAGUGGAAAUGCUCUCAGUGGUGGAGAAUGGACUGGACCCCCAGGCUGCUAUCCCGGUCAUCAAGAAGAAGCUAGUGGGGUCCAUGAAGGCGCUGCAGAAGCAGUACGUGUCCUCAGACGCAGCGGUCACCAGCGAGGACGGAGACGCCAACUCCAUGUGCAGCGCCCUGGAGGCCGUGUUCAUCCACGGCCUGCACGCCAAGCACAUCCGCGCCGAGGCCGGGGGGAAGAGGAAGAAGAGUGCCUACCAGAAGCCUCUGCCCCAGCCUGUCUUCUGGUCCCUCCUGAAGGCCGUCACCCACAAGCACAUCAUCUCGGAGCUGGAGCACCUGGUGUUCGUGAGCACGGACGUGGGCCGCUGCCGGGCCUGGCUGCGCCUGGCGCUCAACGACGGCCUGAUGGAGUGCUACCUGAAGCUGCUCCUGCAGGAGCAGGCGCAGCUGCGCGAGUACUACCAGCCCACCGCCCUGCUCCGCGACGCGGAGGAGAGCGAGUUCCUCCUCAGCUUCCUGCAGGGGCUCACGUCCCUGUCCUUCGAACUCUCCUACAAGUCGGCCAUCCUGAACGAGUGGACGCUCACCCCGCUGGCCCUCUCCGGGCUCUGCCCCCUCUCCGAGCUGGACCCCGUGCCCGCCCCUGCUCCCGAGCUGCAGCGGAAGGAGUCUCUGGAUUCCAUCUCGCAUUCCUCGGGCUCCGAGGACAUCGAGGUCCAGCACUCGGGCCACAGGCUCCAACGGAGCAGGCAGCUCACCGCCUCCUCCCUCAGCCUGGACACGGCCAGCUCGUCCCAGCUGUCCUGCAGCCUGAACUCGGACAGCCUCCCGCUCCAGGAGAACGGCUCCAAGAGUCCCGAUCACUCCGAGGAGCCCAUGUCCUACGACUCGGACCCGGGGACAGCCAACGCGGAUGACUCAGACCCGUCUCUGCAGGAGGUGUUGUCGGAGUUCAGCAAAGCCCAGGUAAACUCUGUGCCAACCAACGGACUGAGCCAAGAACCGGGGAUCCCCACGCUGGAGGCCUCGCUGUCCCUCCGUGGCGCCCUCCACAGUGCCCGCCUCGACACCAGCACACGCCUGCACUUUGAUGCGCCUGCAGGGCCCGUCCCUCCCCAAGCAGCCCCUGGGGCUUGGGAUGGUGGCCCCACGCAGGAGCCACUUCCCCAGGCACCUGGCUCCCGGGCCUUGCAGCACCUGGGCACGGACCACGCUGUCACUUUGGGAAGCACGUCAGACCAGCAGCCUUCCCAUCCUAUGAGAGCACUCGGCCAAGGCAUUGGCCAGCAGAAGCCGUCGGUGGGUGGCGGAGCUGGACUGAGCCCCGUGGUCUCCUCACCCACCAGUCCGAAAGGCAAGAGCUGGAUCUCAGAAGAUGACUUCUACCGGCCCCGGGAGCAACCCCCAGAGAGCCCUCCCAGUCCUUCCGAUCGCUCCGUGGCUUCCUCCGGGGGGACUCCGGAGUCCAGGCCCGGGUUCCUCAGGCAUUUUUCUCAAGGGCCACGGAAGAGCUCCUCCAUGGGGGCCUUGGACGAAGCGUGUGUGCCUUCCGUGGGAAGCAGGGGCUGCAAGGCGGCCGCGGCGCAGGAGCACAAGAACUUCCGGGUUGUGCACCGCAGGCAGAUGGGACUGUCCAACCCGUUCCGGGGUCUCAUGAAGCUGGGCACCGUGGAGCGGCGGGGAGCGAUGGGCAUCUGGAAGGAGCUCUUCUGCGAGCUGUCCCCGCUGGAGUUCCGCCUCUACCUGAACGGCGAGGAGCGCACCUGCGUGGAGAACUGCUCGCUGCUGCGCUGUGAGUCCGUGGGGCCGGCCCACAGCGACGGCCGCUUCGAGCUGGUCUUCUCCGGCAAGAAGCUGACCCUGCGGGCCUCCUCCCAGGACGAGGCCGAGGACUGGCUGGACCGGGUGCGGGAGGCCCUGCAGAAGUGCCGGCCCCAGCAGGAGGACGAGUGGGUGAACAUCCAGUACCCAGAGCUGCCCGACGACCUCCCCGACGGCCCCCAGGGCGGCCCCCCCUCCCACUCGGACUCGCUCACGGAGCCCGAAGCCCUCCAGGGCACGCAGCUCGAUUGGUCCUCUGCCCAAGUGCCCGAGCCAGACGCGAUCAAAGAAUCCCUCCUGUACUUGUACGCGGACAGGACCUGGACGCCCUACGUUUUUUCCCUGUCCUUGGAGUCCUUGAAAUGCUUCCGCGUGAGAAACGACGAGAAGGUGCUGAGCGACAGCCAUGGCGUUGAGACCAUACGAGACAUCCUGCCAGACACGAGCCUCGGGGGGCCGUCCUUCUUCAAAAUCAUCACGGCCAAGGCCGUCCUGAAGCUGCAGGCCAGCUCUGCGGAGGAGGCCGCCUCCUGGAGGGACCUGGUGCGCAAGGUGCUGGCAUCCUACUUGGAGACGGCCGAGGAGGCGGUGACGCUGGGCGGGAGCCUGGACCAGAACUGUCAGGAGGUGCUGAAGUUCGCCACCGGGGAGAACGGCUUCCUGCUGCAGUACCUGGUGGCCAUCCCCACGGAGAAGGGCCUCGACUCCCAGGGCUGCUUCUGUGCAGGCUGCUCCCGGCAGAUCGGCUUCUCGUUCGUCCGACCCAAGCUCUGUGCCUUCUCUGGCCUCUACUACUGUGACAUCUGCCACCAAGACGAUGCCUCAGUGAUUCCAGCCAGGAUCAUCCACAACUGGGACCUCACCAAGCGCCCGGUCUGCCGGCAGGCCCUGAAGUUCCUGACGCAGAUCCGGGCCCACCCGCUCAUCAACCUGCAGCUGGUGAACCCCUCGCUGUACGAGCAUGAGGAGCGGAUGCGUCUCAUCGGGCAGAGCCGGGAGCAGCUGAAGCUGCUGGGCGACUACCUGGGCCUGUGCCGCAGCGGGGCCCUGAAGGAGCUGAGCAAAAGGCUCAGCCACAGGAAUUACCUCCUGGAGUCUCCCCACAAGUACAGUGUCGCUGACCUACAGCAGGUCUCGGAAGGGACGUACGAAGGGUUCCUCAAGGCCCUGAUCGAGUUCGCCUCCCAGCACGUCUACCACUGCGACCUCUGCACCCAGCGCGGCUUCAUCUGCCAGAUCUGCCGCCACCAUGACAUCAUCUUCCCCUUCGAGUUCGACACCACGGUCAGGUGCGGCGAGUGCAAGACCGUCUUCCACCAGACGUGCCAGGCCGUGGUGAAGGGCUGCCCGCGCUGUGCCCGCCGGCGCAAGUACCAGGAGCAGGACACUCUCGCCUAACCCAGUCUCCUGCCCGCCACCCCCAGAGGCCUCGGGGAGGCCUCAGCUCAGCCGUCCCAGGCCUGGGCGCUCCCUCCAGGUGUCACAGCUGCCUCCCUUGUCAGGGAGACUCAGGUGCGACCAGAGCACGAGCCUGCUGGAGGGAGCCCUGGAUGACGCUUGCUCUCCUGCUCUGGGAGGUGGGGGCGCCAGCAGAACCCCCGUGUCUGGGGUGCUGGGCCGGGGGCUUUGCACUAACCAGGCUCCGGCUGACCGCACUGAGGUGGCGCAUCCGUCAGGGCCAUUCACACGAGGGGGACGAGACUUGGGACACAUCUUCAAAUUCACAUUCCUGAUUAAAAAGGUCUAGUUUUUUAAGGUGGGUUUUUUCCCCCCCUUCAUAUUUCAACAGAAAAUAUUUUUUUAUUCUUAACCUUCACCAGUCACCCAGGAAAUCCAGGCAUCCUCACCUUAAGCAAACGCGCAGGUGCCGCUCAGGCCUGGUCUGCGGACAGGUGUGUGGCCUGGCCAGCCAGCCACACCUGGGCCAGCCGGACCGGGUGCCUUUCCUUCACCCUCCCCAGCCGCUGGCCGCCAGAGCUGCAAUGCAACGUGCCAAACGGGCCAGGCGGGCGGGGUCAGACCUGAUGACCCCCCUCGUGCUCUCCCUCUCUACUCCCCACCCCCACCCUGCCCACCCGAGGAGCCCAGCGUCUUCCUCUGUGCCCUGGACUUGGGUCCCUGCAGGGGGAGGGGGGACUCAGGACCAGCACUGUCAGCACUUUGCGCCUCCCUUCCUCGGUGUGGGGAAGGGUCGUCAUCUCACCUGCCCCUCAGCCCCGUGCCUGCCCUCCUCACUCCUACCCUGCACACGCACCUCAGGGUGCUGCUGCAGACACCCCAGGGACCCACCCCCACCUGCUGGCCCCUGCCGGGACGGAGGCAGGCUGCACCCACAGAGAAGGCCGUGAGCUCAGGCUGAGGACGAGCCUCACGCACGCGGUGGAGCAGCGACCCGUCCUCCCCCGAAGAGUGCCAGCCCUGCGCCCGGGACGCGCAGGGACCUGCGGGAGAAGGUCCGAGGAAGAAGGGCGCCGCACCUCGGUUUACAAAGCCAUGAGUUCCCCCAGCCUCGCUGGACUGGCCCAGGCGGGGCUGGGGCUGUGCUGCUGGAGACUGGAGCGUUGGGCUGUAGCGCGGUCACCACUGAAGAGGUCGGGGCAGGUGGGAGUCUGGAAUUGUUUCCAAGUGAUACUUAAACCCUCGGGGCUCGGGGGAAUCUGGGUGUGAUUUCUCUGCUGCCUCCCUCUGCCCCACCUCUCCGGAGCCCAGUAGGCUCCCCUCAGGCCUGGGGUCCUCUGGCCACCUGGCACGCACAGCCUGAGACUGGAGGCCUCAGGUGGAGACCCGCCUGCCACCGCCAAGGGAUGAACCUACUCCCACCUCUCGCUUGGGGUGGUGCAGCUGCUGAGUCACCUGCCCAGCUCUGAGGAGCGGGAUGAAUUGUGCAAUAGGGCAGAGGAAGUGCUCGGCAGCUGGGGGCGGGGCUGCCGCCGCAGAGCCUCUGUCCCCUCUCGGAAGCAGGCGCACACCUGUACCCAGGGCACCAAAGCCUCCAGAACCGGAAGGCGGGUCCCCUCUCCUCGUCCCACCCACUCACAGUGGCAUUAAUGCUCCCCUGCGGACCCAGCCUGGCCGGAGCCCGGAUCGCCUCAGGCCCCGGGUGGGCGGCGCCGCCUGUGCCUGGCCCUGUCUCCUGGGGCCCGCGAGGAUAUUCCGUGCUCCAGAGCGUGCCCUGGGAGGCGGCAGCCGUGAGGCCUGGGAGCCACUCACUUCAGCCCCACGCCACCCGCACCCUCCCAGAGAUCAGUAGCAUUAGCACGGACCCCCUGCCAUCGCCCAAAGCCGCCGAUGCUUUCCAACGAGCUGACCUUUCCCCCCUCACUUCCAAUGGAAAGCUGACGUGAACCUCACUCUUUUUAACAUGUCAUUUUAUGCAAUAAACUCUCUGCAGCGCGGGGCCCCAGCCCUGAGAAGUGCUUUGCAAUGUACUGAAGGAACUGCUGCUGUGUGAUUUUUUUGAAUGAUUUUGCAGUAAAGACCUGAUAUUUCUAA